CACUUCCAACACAUGCCCAGAACUACCUCAUUAGCUGCUGGGAUUUAAGCCAAAGCAUAAGACUACAGUGAAUAUAAGGGGAAUUACUGGCAAGAGAACUCUACACCAACUUAACACUGAAUCCAUUACUUUUCCAAGAUGAGAAAAAUAUUAUACUAAUAGGGACCAUUUCUCCAUCUCAUUCAAAUAAGAAUUCAAGGUUUUAGUCUGUAUCUUUCAUCUAGCAUAAUUAGCUGUACCAUAAUAACACAUACAGCCUGGCUGCAUAUAUUUAAGUGCUGUCUCUCUCCCUCUUUCUUUUAUUGAUUUAUUUUCUGGAUUGCUUUGACAUUGUAAACCACAGACGAGUUGGAGCCUGGCAUUGAAAGGAGGUGUUCUGCAACGAUUUUUUUCUUGUUUAAAGAAGUUUACUUCUACAAGAGGUAAUCUGAAAAUGACAGGGGCAAAGAGAAAAAAGAAAAGUGUGCUCUGGAGCAAGAUGCAUAUGCCCCAUUGUGAAGACUUUAAACAGUGGUGUAGAAGGCGGCUACCUAUUUUGGAAUGGGCAACACAUUAUAAUCUGAAAGAAAACUUGCUUCCAGACACUGUGUCUGGGAUAAUGCUGGCAGUUCAACAGGUGACACAAGGGUUGGCCUUUGCUGUUCUCUCAUCUGUGCACCCCGUGUUUGGUUUGUAUGGGUCUCUGUUUCCUGCCAUCAUUUAUGCCAUAUUUGGAAUGGGACGUCAUGUUGCCACAGGCACCUUUGCCUUGACAUCCUUAAUAUCAGCUAAUGCAGUGGAACGGCUUGUCCCUCUGAACAGUCAGAACCUUACCACACAGAGUAACACAAGUGUGCUGGGCUUAUCUGACUUUGAGAUGCAAAGGAUUGGUGUUGCUGCAGCUGUUUCCUUCUUGGGAGGUGUGAUUCAGGUGGCCAUGUUUGUGCUACAACUGGGUAGUGCCACAUUCCUGCUUACAGAACCUGUGAUCAGUGCGAUGACAACUGGGGCUGCCACCCAUGUCGUGACUUCACAAGUCAAAUAUCUCUUGGGAAUGAAAAUGCCGUAUAUAUCUGGACCACUUGGAUUCUUUUAUAUCUAUGCAUAUGUCUUUGAAAACAUCAAGUCUGUGCGACUGGAAGCACUGCUCUUAUCCUUGCUGAGCAUCGUGGUGCUUGUUCUGGUUAAAGAGCUGAAUGAACAAUUUAAAAGGAAAAUUAAAAUUGUUCUUCCUAUUGACUUAGUCUUGAUUAUUGCUGCAUCAUUUACUUGUUAUUGUACCAAUAUGGAAAACACAUAUGGAUUAGAAGUAGUUGGUCAUAUUCCAAAAGGAAUUCCUCCACCUAGAGCUCCCCCAAUGAACAUCCUCUCUGCAGUAAUCACUGAAGCUUUUGGAGUGGCACUUGUAGGCUAUGUGGCCUCACUGGCUCUUGCUCAAGGAUCUGCCAAAAAAUUCAAAUAUUCAGUUGAUGACAACCAGGAACUUUUGGCCCAUGGCCUCAGCAAUGUGAUUCCUUCAUUUUUCUUCUGCAUACCAAGUGCUGCUGCCAUGGGAAGGACCGCUGUCCUAUAUAGCACGGGAGCAAAGACACAGGUGGCUUGUCUAAUAUCUUGCAUUUUCAUCCUGAUAGUCAUCUAUGCAAUAGGACCCUUGCUUUACUGGCUGCCCAUGUGUGUUCUUGCAAGUAUUAUUGUCGUGGGACUGAAGGGAAUGCUAAUACAGUUUCGGGAUUUAAAAAAAUAUUGGAAUGUGGAUAAAAUUGAUUGGGGCAUAUGGGUCAGUACAUAUAUAUUUACAAUAUGCUUUGCUGCCAAUGUGGGGCUGCUGUUUGGUGUUGUGUGUACCAUAGCUAUUGUGAUUGGUCGUUUCCCAAGAGCAAAGACUCUGAGUAUAAAAAAUAUGAAAGAAAUGGAAUUUAAAGUGAAGACAGAAAUGGAUGAUGAAACGCUGCAGCAGGUGAAAAUUAUCUCAAUAAACAACCCACUUGUUUUUCUGAAUGUAAAGAAGUUUCAUACUGAUCUAAUGAACAUAAUCCAAAAAGAAAAUGCCAACAACCAGCCACUUGAUGAAAUCAGCAAGUGUGAACAAAACACAUUGCUCAAUUCUCUAUCCAAUGGCAUUUGCAAUGAAGAAGCAACACAGCCCUGCCUGAAUCAGAAGUGUUCUUUAAUCCUAGAUUGCAGUGGAUUGACCUUUUAUGACUAUUCUGGAGUCUCCAUGCUUGUUGAGGUUUACACGGACUGCAAGAACAAGAGUGUGGAUGUAUCAUUAGCCCACUGCACAGCUUCUUUGAUAAAAGCAAUGAAAUACUGGGGAAACCUAGAUUCAGAGAAACCAAUUUUUUUUGAAUCAGUAUCUGCUGCAAUAACUAACAUCCACUUAAAUAAGAAUUUGAGCAAACUCAGUGACCACAGUGAAAUCUGAGACUCUUUUGCUGCAGUACAGCUCUUUUCUUUAGCAACUGCCCCGAAGAGGCCAUACUCAAGUAUUUUCACAACAUUUUUUGUUGUGUAGAUCCUACAAAUGACCUCUACUAAAAUAAGUGUGAUGUGACUUACUAACCACAUAACCGCUGCUCAAGGUUUGCCAACAAUUUUAUCUAAUCUUUGUUAGUAAGCAAAUUCACUUUGUAGGUUAUUCUAUAGUUAUUUUAUAAAAAUCAGUAUGCAUUUAGUUUUAGUGUACUGAAAGGUAAACAUGAAUUUAUUUCCUUUUUUCAUACCAAAGUAUUUUGUGUUAAUUCAGUUUGUUGUAGUUCAUUUGUAAAAGUGAGAAAUACUUUGUCAUAUGAUAAGAGAUUUAGAACAUUUGCAAGCCAUUUGUAAAAAUGCAGGAUCACCUGUAACUAAUACAUAAAAACAACUUAGCAAGUGUGCCAUUUUCCCUAACCAAAGAAGCCAUUAAAUAUCAAUAAGCUUAAAUGUUACUUCAUGCAAUAUGAUUAUGAAAUUCACAGAAAGUAAAUCAAACAAAAAUAAAUGGCAAACUAGAAACCAUUCUUCUCCAUACCUUUCCAUGCAUGGAUGUCUUCAGGAAUGUUUUCAACAUAAGUAGUAUCCCAGUGAAACCAUGUCCUUGACAUUAGUCUGUUUUGCUGUAAAUAUUGGAACUGCUUAGGAUCUUCAGAACUUAUAGCCCUAAUUUCCACAUUCCCACCCCAUAAGAGUUUCCAUUUUCAGCUUUAGUUUUUUUGGAACCAGAGAAUGUGGAAGUUGAACCCCUUAUGAUUUUUUCACAAAUAUGAUUUUUAGAAGAGAAAAUAUCACCAGUAGAAUAGCUUUGUACUUUUCCAAUAUAGGAUUAACUGUAGUAGUUUGGGACUUUCCUAUUUCAGAGGGACUUUCCUAUAUUAUAAAUGUAUAAUAUAAUACAUUUAUCUAUCUAUAUCCCUAUAGAUAGAUAGAUCUCCUUAGAAUGCUUUUUCUUUUCUUUUGUUAGAAGGGAGCUUAGGUAAGUGAUUAUCUUUUAACCCACUAAACCACCAGGGUAUUGACAAAUAAAUACCACAGGCCAGGCUGACCUGUAUAAGUUAUUAUUUUCAUGUUUCUUCAUAUAUUUUCAAUCACAUACAAGUAUAUAGUUUCAUAUUUUUAUCUAACAAUUUGAUUUACCUAUGAAGAAAUCUCACUUUCAAAGAUAGAUGUAGAUGCACUCUUUAGUCUUAAGACAUUAUUAUUAUUAUUAUUUUUUUUGCGGUACGUGGGCCUCUCACUGUUGUGGCCUCUGCCGUUGCGGAGCACAGGCUCCAGACGCGCAGGCUCAGCGGCCAUGGCUCACGGGCCUAGCUGCUCCGCGGCAUGUGGGAUCCUCCCAGACUGGGGCACGAACCCGUGUCCCCUGCAUCGGCAGGCGAACUCUCAACCACUGCGCCACCAGGGAAGCCCUAGUCUUAAGACAUUUUAACUGUUCUAGAAAUUACCAGUUAACAAAAAGCCAAGUACUUUAAAGUGAGUUUGAGAAGUAGUUUGAAAACAAAUUUAAAGACUGGUAAUUUAGGUGUUUUUGAGAACAUCUGUAAGAGUAAAUUCUAAUAUCUGCCGUGUGAUGUAAUGGUUCCUAGCAAAUGUGUAGUAAACAUUCACAUGGCCCUUAUUUUUACCAUUGAGUCCUAGGCAAACAAUGUAAUAAAAUGAAAGGGGAAUAAUAAACAUUUCAAAUUCUCGUAACUUAUUUAGCCAUGUCAAUUCUGAUUGACAUGAACUACAAACGGUAGUUUUUGUCCCACAGGAAGCUUCAAUUCUUUCAUCACUAAUUUGGAUUGAAAUGAGUGAAGCCGACUUUUCUUCCCAUCAAAUACUGUUCCAAGAAAAUGUGGAAGUAAUAAUUAGAAGCAAAAUUUCCUUAAAGAAAGGAAUUUCACUCUCCUUUUCUGAUUAAAUUAUUCCAAUGGUGGAUGGUGGCAACAUUCACCAUCGCUAAUCCAUUGGUCAUUGACACAUAAACAUGAGUCAAGGGAAGUUAAGAAAGAAAUAUAUUUUGCUAUGUAUAAAUUGAUGUAUUUCUAUGCAAAUUUAGUCUAUUAUUAAAUGCAUGCACUGUAGGCAUUUUCUAAUUUGUUAGAGAUUAUGGACUGUAGAUGGCGUUAAAAUCAUUACAGGUAAUCAAUGGAUGGUUUCUUCUAUUUUAUUAACAAAGCUGACACCUAGUUGUAUGAGAAGAUGUAUUUGAAUGCAUUUCAGUGUUUAUAGUAGACAUCUAAUGGAUAAAACUUAAAAGCUAAUAACUUUGGUGUCAAAUGUUAUUAUAUUCAAAGGAAAGGAAGACAAAAACAUGUACCAUAAAUAACCCUAUGUUCUAAGGCUUAUCCUGCAUACUAAGAUCCCAGUGACUAGACCUGUAGGAAUCCCUGAAAUUGAGUUUUGAAAGCUCAAUAACUGAAUAUGAGUUUCAGACACACAAGAUUCUAAAACAUAAACGUUUAUUUCAAAGCAGACAUUAAUAACAGGAGAACUAUAAUAGGGCACUGAUGCUAGACUGUUUCUAGUCAUGAUUAAUUAGUUUUAUAAGAUUACCUUAUUUUUGUAUAUGAUAAAUUACUUUCAUAUUACUUAUUAUGGUAAAAUAAAAUUGGGAAAAAUUAAAACUGACCUAUAAGACCAGUUAAGGACCUAAUAGAGUGACAUAUAUAAAUUAACCAUAAAGUGUGUAACCAGGAAAAAGACUGUUAACAUUAUAUUUAUGCAAAUUAAAUGCCCUUAAAUUUUACCAUUUGUCUUUCAUUUUAAAGGUUAUUUUCCCCUGAUUAUAUGAUUCAAGUGUUAUAAAGUCUAACUUGAAUUACUUUGCAGUAAUUUAUAUGACAGAUCUCUACUGUAUAAAUGUGUAAUGUAAUGAGGAAAGAAAUCUCUCUUUUUUAAUGAAAACAUUAAUGUGUUAAUACCCUGUAUGGAUAAUGUUUUACAUUUAGUGGUUACCAAAAUAUAUUAGUAUGUUUUUGAACAUACAUAUGCUUAGAAAUGCAUGUUCUGCAUACUGUGGGAUGAUCGUCUAAUUCAAUGUAAAAUAUACUUUUUUGGCAGUGAUUUUGUUGCCAGAUUUUCAAUAGAGAGUUAAGUGAGGCUUGCACAAUCUUAAGAUUUUUAGUUAAAAAUCGUAUCAUCUAAUAUGUCACACAUAUUUUUAUAUUUUUCAAUGCAUUUAAUUAUCUUUUAAAUAAUCCUUUGCACUGACUCAGCAUAUAACAACCAAUUUACAUGGAAAUAAACUGAAAUAUGGUAACUAUUAUGCUUAAAUGGAUUUGUGUCCAUUAUUUCAAAUUAUUCACCCUCCUGUAAAGCAAAUAAUACAUUUUGCUGUCUUAGACUGACCACAGUCUAAUGUGUUGACAAUUCCUGGAUUAAAUAUUCUUUGUAAUUUGUUCUUACAAAAUUUAAACCUAAAAUUGUAGGGUAUGGUAUGUCAAUUUAUG